UCGGCGGGAUAUUCUGCUAGAUCUGGCCCAAAAAGGGCUCACCCAAGGCGAUGGCGAUGGCGCUGGAGGAGGAUUGCGACAGUGGAGAGGAGGCAAGGUAAUGGUGUGACACGCUAGCUAGCGGGAGAUCCCGGGGGACUCUUUGAUCCAGGGCAGAAAAUCCGAGGAGAGGAGCGAGGGAUCAAGAGAAAUUUGGAGGCCGCGGCCAUGGCCAUGGAGGUCACCCAGGUCCUCCUCAACGCGCAAUCCGCCGAUGGCAGCGUCCGCAAGCUCGCCGAGGACAAUCUCCGCCAGUUCCAGGACCAGAAUCUCGCCGCCUUCCUCGUCUCGCUCAGCGGCGAGCUCGCCAGCGACGACAAGCCGCCCGAGAGCCGCAAGCUCGCGGGGUUGAUCCUCAAGAACAGCCUCGACGCCAAGGACGCCGGGCGGCGCGCGGAGCUAGGGGACCGCUGGCUGCUGCUGGAUUCCGCCGCCAGGGCACAGAUCAAGGCCGCGCUGGUGGCGACGCUGGCGGCGCCAGUGGCGGAGGCGCGCCACACGGCGGCGCAAGUGAUUGCAAAGGUGGCGGCGAUAGAGCUCCCUCGCCAGGCGUGGCCAGAGCUCAUCCCAGGCCUUCUCGCCAACGUCACGUCCUCCAUGGGCGUCGCCAAUGCCGCCCAUCUCAAGGAGGCGACGCUGGAGACUCUGGGCUACGUGUGUGAGGCCAUUUCUUCCGAGGUUCUCGCGCAGGAUCAAGUAAACUCCGUGCUCACGGCGGUCGUGCAAGGUAUGAACUCCUCCGAGGCGAGCAGUGAGGUGAGGCUGGCCGCCACCAACGCGCUCUACAAUGCGCUCGACUUCGCGCAGACCAACUUCGACAACACGGUGGAGCGAGACUAUAUCAUGAGGGUGGUCUGCGAGGCAACUUUGUCACCGGAUUCUCGAGUCCGCAAGGCCGCGUUUGAGUGCCUGGUUUCGAUCGCGUCCACGUACUACGAGAAGCUGGCGCCUUACAUGAAGGAUGUUUUCGCGAUCACUUCCAAGGCUGUCAAGGAGGACGAGGAGUCCGUGGUGCUGCAGGCUCUCGAGUUUUGGAGCUCCAUUUGCGACAUAGAGAUCGAGCUCUUGGACGAGUUCUCGACGACCGGGGAUUCGGAGCUGUCCAACUUCCAUUUCAUCAGGCAGGCUCUGCCUUACCUCGUCCCGAUGCUGCUGGAGACGCUGACAAAGCAGGAGGAGGGGCAGGAUCAGGACGAGGACGUGUGGAACUUGGCUAUGGCGGGAGGGACUUGCUUGGGACUGGUGGCCAAAGCGGUCGGGGAUGAUAUCGUUCCGCUCGUCAUGCCUUACGUGCAAGAGAACAUCUCGAAGCCCGACUGGCGGUGCCGAGAGGCGGCGACUUACGCGUUUGGAUCCAUUCUCGAGGGACCCGGACCGGACAAGCUCGCGCCGCUCGUCACCAGCGCUCUACCAUUCAUGCUCAACGCCAUGAAAGACGAGAACAGCCACGUCAAGGACACCACCGCGUGGACGCUGAGCCGGAUCUUCGAGUUUCUUCACGGUCCCAGUGUGGAUACGUCAGUGGUGAACCAGGCCAACCUCCCGUUGAUCCUGUCAGUGCUGCUCGAGAGCAUCAAAGACGCACCGAAUGUUGCCGAGAAAGUUUGCGGGGCGAUCCAUGCGGUGGCUGUCGGCUACGACGAUUCCUUGACGAGCACCGGUGGCAGCAAUCCUCUGUCACCUUUCUUCCAGAACAUCGUUCAGGCGCUCCUGGCGGCUGCCGACCGAGAGGAUGCGGCGGAGACGAGGCUGAGAAUCGCGGCAUACGAGACUCUCAACGACGUGGUGAAGUGCUCGUCCGAUGACACUGUCGCGGUCGUGGGUCAGCUGGUUCCGGUGAUCAUGGAGAAGCUCGGGCAGACACUCCAAAUCUUGAGAGUCUUCGCGUGUAGGAGUGCGACGGUUCACGAGGAGGCGAUGCUCGCCAUCGGGGCACUGGCGGAUGCUAUCGGAGUGGAGUUCGGGAAGUACAUGCAGGAGUUUUACAGAUACUUGGAGAUGGGACUCCAAAACUUUGAGGAGUACCAGGUGUGCGCCGUGACGGUCGGGGUUGUGGGUGAUAUAUGCCGAGCUCUCGAGGACAAAGUUCUCCCUUUUUGCGACGGGAUAAUGACACAGCUGCUCAAGGACCUGGGAAGCAACCAGCUCCACCGCUCCGUCAAGCCGCCAAUCUUCUCGUGCUUUGGAGACAUUGCGUUGGCCAUCGGGGAGAACUUUGAGAAGUACCUGAGCUACGCGAUGCCGAUGCUCCAGAGCGCUGCGGAGCUCUCGGUCAUGCAAGCGGCCGGAGACGAUGAGAUGCUCGACUACAACAACCAGCUGAGAACAGGGAUACUGGAGGCGUACUCGGGGAUUUUCCAGGCAUUCAAAGGCACCAAGCCGGAGGCGAUGAUGCCUUACGUAGCUGGCAUAUUGCAGUUCAUCGAGAGUGUGUACCAAGACAAGGAGAGAGAUGAUGUGGUUCUUAAAGCUGCGGUGGGAGUGAUGGGCGAUAUGGCCGACUGUUUAGCAGGCACCAGCGCACAGUUCUUCCGAAACUCGGCCUUCUACAAGGAUUUCCUGGACGAGUGCUUGUCGUCGGACGAUCACCGGCUCAAGGAGACCGCGGAGUGGGCUCAGGCGACGAUCAAUCGCUACAUGGUGUAACGCUCGCUCGAGAGGUAACAAGCUUGAUCCUUAGACUCCCAUCCAUCAUCGGUCUUCCUCCAUAUUCAUUCAUUUCUUUUGAGCUUUCUUCUUCUUCGCUUUCAUUGCGCUUCCUUGUAAACUUGAGUCCUCUUCUCCCUCGCCAUCUCCAUCUUUCUUCCAUUUUUUUUUUCUUUGCUUUGGUCAUUCUUCUUUUUUCUUUUUCCACUCUUUGAGCCUUUGGGCUUUUAGAAAUUUAGCAGCAGCUCCGGCUCCCGAGUGAGAGAGCAGCAGCGUGAAAAGAGUCAGUUUGAGUGAGGGCAGCGAAGCGUAUAAUUUUGUCCAAUACGUGUUCUCGCUGCCCUCUUUUGUAGGUGAAAGAGGUCCCGAGCGAUGGAACCUCACAGAAAAAAGUCAGUGUAAUUUUUAUUUAAAGAAAUUAUUAUUACACAAAAUAAAAACUAAUUUUUAA